AGUCUUCCCAGGCUGAGAGUGUAAGAUGAGAAGAAGGUGGGCCUCACCCUGGAGGGGAGGGCGCCCAGAAACUUCCUGCCACACUCAGCUCCACCGCAGACUGCAAGCGAGGUCAGCCCGAAGCGCGUGGCAGCCUGCCUGGGGGCGGGAGACCCUCCUCGGGGCUGGGCGGAGGCCUUUAAGCUCCUCGCCAUAUUGGACAGCCACGCUGAGCCGCCUUUGUUUGCAGAGUCCUCCCACAAACUUUCAGCUGCACCCCGGGUGUCGGGACCAAGGGAGAAGCGCUCGGAGCCCGUGUGUUCUCAGCUUCGAGCCGGGACACCGGCGUUUCCAGUUUGGAUCGAGCUCUGAGCCUCGGGACUGACCGCACCUCGGUUCACGUAAGCAUCCUGGAAAAUUGCUCGCUACAACUCCGAGGGGAGGGAGAAAACCCAACUUGGUACUUGUCGCCUGCGGGGAGGUGACACUCUGCUUGAGCAGAGUUGCUGGAGCCCUCUCUGCCCUCUCCCCAAGACUAGAAGCUAAGUUGUUUGUUUGUUUGUUUGGGCUUCUUGCCCCCCACCCCAGAGUCCACUCUGGAGAUCUUAAAGACUCUCGAGAAAAGUCACGUGGGGGGCUGGUUCCCCUGGGGCUUCCUCCCCUCCCCCGAUUGCCUGAUCCUCUGGAGUGUCCCUGAUGUCUGCAAAGAUGUCGAUCUGGACGUGUUAGUGGAGGCCUUAAGGCCGGUGGGCACCUUUAAGAAGAUCGGGAAGGUGUUCCGCAAAGAGGAGGACUCCACGGUGGGGAUGCUGCAGAUUGGGGAGGAUGUUGACCAUCUGCUCAUCCCCCGGGAGGUCCGGCUGGCUGGGGGCGUGUGGAGAGUAAUCUCCAAGCCAGCCACCAAGGAAGCCGAGUUUCGGGAGCGGCUGAUCCAGUUUCUGCAGGAGGAGGGCCGCACCUUGGAAGACGUGGCCCGGAUCAUCGAAAAGAGCACUCCACACCCACCCCAGCCCCCCAAAAAGCCCAAGGAGCCCCGAGUGAGGAGAAUCCCACUGAUGGUCACUCCUCCGCCUCGGCUGAUUGUAGGCACCUAUGACAGCAGCAACGCCAGCGACAGCGAGUUGAGUGACUUCGAGACCUCCAAAGUCAAAGGCAACAGGGACUCCCAGAGAACCAGAAAGGUGCGCAAAAUGCCGGUCAGUUACUUGGGCAGCAAAUUCCUGGGCAGCGACGUGGAGAGCGAGGACGAUCAGGAGCUGGUGGAGGCCUUCCUCCGCCGUGGAGAGAAGAAGCCCAGCGCGCCUCCUCCGCGUCGCCGAGUCAAUCUGCCAGUGCCCAUGUUCGAGGACAACCUGCCUCCCAGGCCGUCCAAGGCGGACAGAUGGCGGGAGUAUGUCAGUCAGGUGUCCUGGGGGAAGCUGAAACAGAGGGUGAAGGCCUGGACACCCAGAUCAGGCUCCGAGGUGGGCGAGGCCCAGCAGGCCUCCACCGCUGCUGAGAGGGCUGGAGAGUUGAGGCACAGCCACUCCAGCGGGGAAGGUAGCUCCAGAAACACAGAGGACGGGAGCGACCAGACACUGGGUACCACAUGCUGGAAGCCCAAAGUCAAGUGGGUCUCCUUGAGGCGGCUCAGGAAGGAGCAGGCGCCACUCCCAGCUCAGGGCACAGGCAUGCCAGCUGAGGGGCCCCCAGAGGCUGCAGAGAUCCAGGGGCCAGAGGCUGCAGCUGAACGUGGAGCAGAGGCUGCCGCUGACCCGAGGGCAGAGGCUGCCGCUGACCCGAGGGCAGAGGCUGCCGCUGACCCGAGGGCAGGGGCUGCCGCUGACCCGAGGGCAGGGGCUCCAGCUAAUGUGAGGGCAGAGGCUGCAGCUAAUUCGAAGGUAGAGGCUGCAGCUGACCCGAGGGCAGGGGCUCCAGCUGACCCGAGGGCAGGGGCUCCAGCUAAUUCGAAGGUAGGGGCUGCAGCUGACUCGAGGGCAGGGGCUCCAGAUAAUUCGAAGGUAGAGGCUGCAGCUUCUCCAAGGGCAGAGGCUGCAGCUGACCCGAGGGCAGGGGCUGCAGAUGAUCUGAGGGCAGAGGCUGCAGCUAAUUCAAAGGUAGAGGCUGCAGCUGACCCGAGGGCAGGGGCUGCAGCUGAUCCGAGGGCAGAGGCUGCAGCUGAUCAUGAGUUUGAGGCUGCCGCCAAUCAGAGGACAGAAGCCCUACCCGACCCGAGGGCAGAAGCCAUAGAUAGUCAGAGGGCAGAAGGCCCAGCUAACCAAGGGACUGGAGCUGCAGAAAAUCAGAGGGUGGAGGUCCCAGCUGACCAGAGGGAGGAGGCUGAGCCUCAGGCUGUAGCGGAAGCCGCAGCUGGCUCGGUUACCCUAGGGACAGCCCCAGGACCUAGGGCCCGGAAACAGGUCAAGACAGUGAGGUUUCAGACCCCGGGACGGUUCUCGUGGUUUCGCAAGCGCAGAAGGGCCUUCUGGCGCACGCCCCGCUUGCCAGCCUUGCCCAAGAGAGUCCCCAGGGCAGGCGAGGCUAGGAGCCUCAGGGUGCUGAGGGCUGAGGCUAGAGCAGAAAUGGAGCACAGAGAACAAGAGGAACAGCUGUGAGGGGGGCCAGGGUCCCUGCACCCUGUCUGCCCUGAGCUGCCCCCCUCCCUUGCAAGCUCUUUCUACCUCCAUGUUUGAAAACGAAGGCUGAGGACGCGGGCAGCACCGCGCACGCGCGCACCUUUACCGGCUUUUCUCCCUCCUCCUCUCCUCUCUUCCUCCCUUACUUUCUUCCUUUUUUAAAAAUCUUUUUGAGACAGUCUUGCUAUGCAGCCCUGCUGGCCUGGUACUCCAACUCACAGCAGUCCCCUGCCGUAGUAGCCUGAGCACUAGGAUUCCAGGUUCCACUCCAUCUGGCUCCAGUGACCUGGUUUUUUGUUUUUGUUUUGUUUCAGACAGGGUUUCUCUGUAGCCCUGGCUGACCUGGAACUCGCUAUGUAGACCAGGCUGGCCUCGAACUCAGAUCCGCCUGCCUCUGCUACGACUUUUGGCACGUGCCAGCAAGCCUGCCUUCCCGUGGUCCUUUUUAUGAUCUUGUUUUUCUAUGAUUACAUCAUUUUGGGGGGGUGUAGCUGUAGACACACUUGAUUUUUUUAAUACAUCGAUUUUUAAAAAAUACUGGAUAUACUAUCUCAAAGAAUAUAAAGAAAGAAGCCCCUGGAGCCUGCUUGCCUGGAUAGUGCUUUAACAGCUUGGCAAACGAAGUGGGCAGAGGAGGAUUAUUCUGUCCUUUUCUUGUGUCUACAGCUAACUUUGAUGGACACCUACUUUGCACCUACAGAGAGGGCUCAAGUUGAUAUGCAAAUAAAAAUGUUUACAACAGUAA